AUGCUCGGACCAACGCCCCCAGCUAAAACCAGAUUCGAAACGUGUGAGAAGGCCGUAAAGGGCGUUUGCGGUAGCCCGCAAGCCAUCAUCACCGCCAGCCAAUGGUUGAAAGCGAACUCGAAGCUGUCCAACUUCUCCGCGAGCGCGGACUACCAGCGCCUCGUGUCGCCGUUACUGGUACUGCCCGAGUCCAUGCGACUUCCAGUUAGCAAGUCACAACAUCAACGGCAUGAGAUUCGGCGCCGACAACUGCACAACGUCGCGAAGAUCCUCGUCCGUUACCAGGAGACCGGGGAGCCGAUCACAAUCGGUGGGGCAACGGCAAUGCCAUGGGCGUCGUUUAAACAGGUUCCGCAGCUCGACCACGAGACGAUACGAGCGUUCUUCCACGCGCCUGCGUCGACGUUCGAUUCAAUGACCAGUCUGUUCGAAUUCACAAAGAGCCUGACGCUAAAGAUCGACGGCAUCGCGUAUGUGCUCAACCCUGCUAAUGUGAAGACGUUUCGUCUGUGGUGGGAACCCAACGCUCAGGGCGGAGCAAUGAGUGACCUGCGAGUCAAGCUCAUGAACGUCGGCGGUUACGCUGGCUUUGGUACCGGGAUCCGCCUUCUCGAUGGUUAUGGAUCCUUCCAUGUUCCGCCUGAGUUACAGGACUCCUCGGCGCAUGGCAAGAAGGACAAGCUGUCGGUCGUGGCUCGCGCCAUGUUCCUUGCCCUGCUCUCCAUUGAAGAGGGGGGUAGUUCGGAGAAGUCGUCUCUCCGCUCAACCGCCUGGGUGAAGGGUGGAAUCCGGCUGAAUCCGAACCAGUCGAACCUGCUGACUCGGAUGUUUCAGUACCUACUGAAAUUCGACCAGCCAUUCUCCACACCACCGGAGCUCGCGACGAUCAUGAAGCACUUUGUGGUCCCGCAGACGAACGGGCCGAAGGAGAAGGCCGCCAAGAGGUACUUCGCGGAGUGUCUCAGCGGGUGGCAAGCAGAUGACUGGGUGAGUCUCGCGUGCAGAGUAUUUAGUGGACACGCACUCACCGACCAGCAACCCGACCAUCCUGCGACCGUCACGGACCUGAUCGAGACGAACCCCUUGUCGGAGUUUUUGGUCAACCUGCCGGCACUCGACUGCUUCGAACUGCUCCGUCGGAGUCUAGGGGCGCAAAGUAUCGACGAUGCGCACGCCGAGGAGCGUCUGCUUGCGAACAGCGCCCUCAUCGCCGAGAGGUGCUGGCUCGGCCCCGGGGGGCAGAUGGUGCCGGACAUGGGCUUCCAGAACCCCUUCGAGCCAACGAAGCAGGAGCUCUUUUGCGGCGCGUGCUUUCGCGAAGCUUUGACGCUGAAGGAAGUCGGCGGCUUCGAUGCCGAACGAUUUCGGCUCUAUGAGAAGCUCGAGCCAGACCUCGCCCGCAAUAAAAAAUCGACCUUCAAGACUCUGGCCAGUUCCUUCACCCGCUGCGAGGGUCCGCAUUGCGAUGGGAGCGGUUACCCCUUGGUUUGUGUCAAGUCGCGCAUCAUCGGCCACAUGGACCACGAGGCGCUCAACCCGAAGCCGCCCUGCUUCCCACCCGAGCCCACUCAUCCUCAUCCCGACUUUGCCGAGCGACACCAAGGAGCAGGCUGA